AUGGCUUUAUGGAUCCAGACAUUGAGCAUUUUGAGCUGUAUUUGCAUCACCUUAUCCAAAAAUGAGGAACUGAAAUUUUUUCAGAGUGCUACGGAGCUAAACCAUCUAACAGUGGAUAAUGACACUGGGAUAAUCUAUUUGGGAGUGGUAAAUGCUCUGUACCAGCUUACAGAAAACCUGGAUGUAAUCAGGUUUGUAAGAACAGGUCCAAAAAAGGACAACAAAAAGUGCACACCUCCCAUUGAUGAAAAUCAGUGUAAAGAGGCCGUACUGACUGACAAUUAUAACAAAUUACUGUUGCUGAACAAGGCGGAUAAAACAAUUGUGGUGUGUGGAAGCCUUUUUAAGGGAAUCUGUGCCAUCAGAGAUCUAGAAGACAUUAGCAAUCAGACGUAUUAUGUAGACUACUGCGGAGAAAAGUCCUUUGUAGCAAGCAACGAUGAGAAUGUAUCAACUGUGGGAUUGAUCACUUCCUUGAAUAACGACCGAGUGCUGUUUGUUGGGAAAGGGAACGGACCAAAUGAUAACGGGAUAAUAAUCAGCACUCGGCAGCUCUACGAAAGGGAUGGAAAAGACAUUUUUGAAAUGUAUACAGACUCGGCAGCUGUUAAGUCAGCUUACCACUCGUCAAGCACACAACAGUUUGUGGCAGUCUUUGAGGAUAAAAAUUAUGUUUAUUUUAUUUUUAAUCAGCAAGAGAAACAGCCUGUCAAUAACCGCACACUGAUUGCGCGUCUGUGCAAAGAUGACGCCCAUUAUUAUUCCUACUUUGAAAUGGACCUGGGUUGCAAAGAUGAUGAUGGUGCGUAUGACCACUGUCAUUCUGCUUACGUCACUACCCCGGGAGAGGAGUUGGCUGAGAGCAUGGCUCAGCAGAGACAAGCUACGGAUGCUCUCUCAGAUGACAAAGUUCUUCUUGCACUCUUCAGCAAAGUAAACAAAGAUAACGGCUCUCUGAAAUCUGCCAUGUGUGUGUUUUCCUUGCGGCACAUCAAUGAAAAGAUGGAAAAAAACCGGAACGACUGCUACACUAAAAAGAAUACCAGCUCAUUUUACAAACUUUUUUCAGCAGAAAACCCGUGUGCAUCACAUGGACUGAAUGCAAGCAAAAAUUUCCCCUGUGGCUCCGAGCACUUGCCGUACCUUUUGGGAAGUAAGAAUGGUGUUAUAGAGAAGCCGGUACUACAAAAAGAAGGGGUGAAUCUCACCGCCGUCACUGUGGCUGUGGAGAAUGGGCAUACCGUGGCCUUUCUGGGAACGUCGAAUGGUAAAAUUCUUAAGGUGUUCCUGGCAUCCACUGCAGCUGAGUACAGCUCUCUUAGUAUUGAACCAAACAAACCCAUAAAGAAAGACCUGGUUCUUGACCAAACCCAAGAAAAUCUGUAUGUGAUGACCACAGACAAGGUGCAUCAGCUGCCUGUACAGGACUGCCACAAAUAUUCAGACUGUGAGAAGUGUACUCAAGCGAGGGAUCCGUACUGUGGCUGGUGCGUGAGAGAGGGCAGGUGCACAAAGAAGGCAGACUGCGGAACAGCCGAUAAGGAGAACCACUGGCUGUGGAGUCCGAGUGGCACAUGCAUGACUAUCAUUAGUGCAGACCCUCUAAAUAUGAGUCGCAGAGCCCCUGCUAAGGUGGAACUGACUGUAAGUCCGUUGCCAGCUUUGGCUGAGAGUGACAAGGUUUUGUGCACAUUUGGUGAAACAACCCAUUAUGCUCAGUUAAAAGAAGGGGUUAUUAUCUGUGAUCCGCCUGAUAUAAUUCCUCCAACACCGAAAGGUCAAGAUCAUGUUUCAGUUCCACUUCAGUUAACCUUUGGAGAGAACAAGAUAUUCUUUGCAUCACAUACUUACCCUUUUUAUGACUGUGAAGAAGCAAUGAAUCUUUUUGAAAAUCAGCCAUGCUAUUCCUGUGCAAGCAAUAGAUGGAAUUGCCAGUGGGACUGGAAGAGACAUAUCUGUGAAGAGUCCUCUUCAGUACAGGAUGUGAUUAAACAAAAUAUGGAAGAAGAAUGCCCGCAGUUUCUAAACCCUAACCCUCCGAUAAUACCUAUGGAGUACCGAACAACAGUGUAUUUUGAGGGAAGACAUCUAGCUUAUUACCGGGGAAAACAAUUGGAAGUUGGAAACAGCCAGUUUGAAUUCAAAGCUCUUGUUGAUGAAUCUGAAGGAAAAUUUUCAUUCAUGAGUGAAGAGUUCUCCUAUAGUGCAGAUGAGACCCUACGACUUAACUUAUCCAUAACAGCAGAUAAGGUCAAGAUUGACAGCAAACUGAUGGUGACUCUGUACAACUGCUCCUAUGGACGAAGCGACUGCAGCUUAUGCCUCGCAGCCCAUCAUGACUAUAAGUGCGUCUGGUGUGAAGAAGUGGGCAAGCCUAGCAAGUGCCUUUAUGAAAAACUCUGUCACGCUCCUCCCACUGACACGUGUCCUCAUCCAAAAAUCACUCGCAUUGAGCCAAAAACUGGACCACUAAAUGGUGGAAUUCUUUUGACCAUAAUAGGAUCUAAUUUGGGAAUAAAAGCAGAAGAUGUAAAAAAUAUAAUGGUGGCAGACAAGGAAUGUCUUUUCAAAGAGGAAUUCUACUCUGUUUCCACAAGGAUUGUAUGUGAAGUUGGACCAAUGAAUGAAGCAAAACAAGGUGAAAUUGAAGUUAACAUCAAUGGAAAAUUAGGUAACUCAUCAAGUGAAGUGCAGUUUACAUACCAGAAUCCUCAGCCUUAUCAAAUAAGACCUCAAAUUGGUCCACAAGCGGGUGGAACCACACUUACCAUCACUGGUAUAAACCUGGCCACUGGUUCCAAGAAGGACGUCAGAGUUUCAGUCGGUAGCCAGCCUUGCAAUGUCACUGAAUUUGGAGACGAGAUCGUUUGCAUCACAGGACCUAAUAGCAAGGUUGGACCUGUUCAAGUCACCAUGAACUAUGGGGGCAUGACAAUUAAUGUGCCACAGUCGUUUUCAUACAGUGAGAAUCCUACUGUCACCAAGUUCCUGCCAGUAAAUAGCUUCAGCAGUGGAGGGAGAAAUAUUACAGUAACUGGAACUGGUUUUAAGCUCAUCCAGAGUUUCUCCUUGGUGGUACACGCAGAGCGUCCAGAAGGAGGGAAAAUGAAUCGCAAAAGGUUUGAUGGAAAGGUUGUUACAAGACUCAAUGAAACCACAGUGGUUUUUUCUUCCCUACCGAUACUGGAAGACCCAGAAAACUAUAACAUUACCACUAUUAUUCUAAUGGAUCAUUAUCAUUUGGUUGUAAAAAAUGAGAGCCACUCCUUUGCCUAUGUUGCAGACCCGACCUUUGAAAACUUCACAGACGGUAUCAAGAAACAAGUCAACAAACUUAUUAAUGCAAAGGGCAGUAACCUGAACAAAGCCAUGACGAUAGACGAGGCCCAGGCUUUUGUGGGUGACGAGCCUUGCAAUAUAAAAACACUCACUGAAACGGACUUGUACUGUGAGCCACCAGAAGUACAGCCUCAACCAAAGAAGCGGCAGAAGAGAGAUACCAUCAAUAACCUCCCUGAAUUCAUUGUGAAAUUUGGGCUCCGAGAAUGGGUCCUCGGAAGGGUGGAAUAUGAUACACGUGUGAGUGACAUCCCACUGAAUCUUAUUUUGCCACUGGUACUUAUUCCUAUGAUAGCAAUCAUCGUCAUUUCUAUCAUCUGUUACAGACGCAAGAGCCAACAAGCAGAACGAGAGUAUGAAAAAAUUAAAUCACAACUGGAAGGCCUGGAGGAGAGUGUCAGAGACCGGUGCAAGAAGGAAUUCACAGAUCUAAUGAUUGAGAUGGAGGAUCAGACAAAUGAUAUCAACGACGCUGGAAUUCCAGUGCUGGACUACAAAACCUACACGGACAGAGUCUUCUUCUUGCCCUCCAAAGACGGAGAGAAAGAUGUGAUGAUUACGGGGAAGCUGGACAUUCCUGAGGCCAGGCGGCAGACUGUGGAGCAGGCUUUGAACCAGUUCUCCAACCUUCUCAAUAGCAAAUCAUUCCUCAUUAAUUUUAUUCACACGCUGGAAAACCAAAGGGAGUUCUCUGCUCGAGCUAAAGUGUAUUUUGCAUCUUUACUGACAGUUGCUUUACAUGGAAAACUAGAAUACUACACUGACAUCAUGAGGACGCUGUUCUUAGAACUGAUGGAGCAGUAUGUUGUGGCCAAAAACCCAAAGCUGAUGCUAAGAAGAUCUGAAACGGUUGUUGAGAGAAUGUUGUCUAACUGGAUGUCUAUUUGUUUAUAUCAGUACCUCAAGGACAAUGCCGGGGAGCCUCUUUAUAAAUUGUUCAAAGCUAUCAAACACCAGGUAGAAAAAGGCCCAGUGGAUGCUGUACUAAAGAAAGCCAAGUAUACAUUGAAUGACACAGGCUUACUGGGAGAUGAUGUAGAGUAUACGCAGUUGACAGUAAAUGUGUAUGUGCAAGAUGGAGGAAGCGAUUCCAUACCUGUGAAAGUGCUGAACUGUGAUACGAUAUCACAAGUAAAGGAAAAGAUAAUAGACCAAGUCUAUAGAAAUCUGCCGUGUUCUCAGUGGCCAAAAGCUGAGAGUGUAGUUCUUGAGUGGCGUCCAGGUUCUACUGCACAGAUCCUCUCAGACUUGGAUUUAACAUCCCAAAGAGAUGGCAGAUGGAAACGUAUCAACACACUAAUGCAUUAUAAUGUCCGAGAUGGUGCCACGCUCAUCUUAUCAAAAAUGGGAAUUUCCCAGCAGCCAGAGGAUAAUCAGCAAGAUGUCCCAGGGGAAAGGCAUGCACUCCUGGAAGAUGAGAAUAAGGUCUGGCAUCUAGUCCGGCCAGUAGAUGAAAUAGAUGAAGGUAAAUCGAAGCGCGGCAGCGUGAAGGAAAAAGAGAGGACCAAAGCUAUUACAGAAAUCUACCUGACCAGACUUCUCUCUGUGAAGGGGACACUUCAGCAGUUUGUAGAUAACUUCUUUCAUAGCGUGCUCAACUCGAACCAUGUGGUGCCACCGGCUGUGAAAUACUUCUUUGACUUUCUUGAUGAGCAAGCAGAAAAACAUGACAUCAAGGAUGAAGAUACCAUUCACAUCUGGAAAACAAACAGCCUGCCUCUUAGAUUCUGGGUAAACAUACUGAAAAAUCCCCAUUUCAUCUUCGAUGUACAUGUUCACGAAGUAGUGGAUGCUUCCUUGUCAGUCAUUGCACAGACUUUCAUGGAUGCUUGCACAAGAACAGAGCACAAAUUAAGCAGAGAUUCUCCAAGUAAUAAAUUACUUUACGCGAAAGAAAUCUUUAACUAUAAGAAAAUGGUGGAAGA